GAAGAAGAAGACGAAGAAGUGGGAGGAGUGUGAGGCUUUAGAAGUUUUUAUCGUGACUUUCGUUCUUUCGUUGAAAGCUAUCUGAUAAAGCCUACAGCAGGAAUUAACAAGUAUAAAUAAAUCCAACCUGUCCUCCAUUUUUCUUAAUAGUGUAGCAUCUGGACUCAAUGGCGUUAGCCUACAAAGUUAGCCGUUGCUACAGUUAGCUUGCUGACAGUAAACAGACCGGACUAUAUUUUAAUUGUUGUGUUUACUCGUGAAGCCGUAAAGGAGCACAAAGCCGUUCAUGGUGUGAAAAAUGUGUAAAGUCCAAAGUGUGAGAGUGUUGGUGAAGCAGCAGCUGACUGCAGCUGUCGAACAGGUACUUGGACUGUUUGAAACAACCAUAACAGAGUAUGAACAAGAGAUUGGUCGCCUGUGCAGACUGCUGGAAGACGGUACAGUCGUCCAGCAGGUGUUGGUGUGUAAAGAAGAGGUUCUCUCUGAGCAGCAGGACUCAGAGCUCCAUCACAUUAAAGAGGAACAGGAGGAAGUGUGGAGCAGUCAGGAGGGAGGGCAGCUUCAAGGACUGGAGGAAGAUGAUGUCACUGGGUUCCCGGUCAAUGCUGUCUCUGUGGAGAGUGGACCACAGCUUCAGUUUACGAGACUGAAGUUAAAGAAGAUGCAGACAGCUGAUGGACUGUUGGUGAAGCAGCAUCUUACUGCAGCUGUUGAACAGAUAGUUGAGCUGUUUGAAAGAACAGUAACGGAGUAUGAGAAGAAACUUUCUCGCUCAAAUGAAGACAUCGACCGUCAGCGUAAACUGCUGGACGCUGUGUUAAAGCCUGAAGUUCGGUUACACAGAGCAGAUGUCCAGCAUCUGUUGGUGUGUAAAGAUGAGGUUCUCUGUGGGUCGCAGGACCCAGAGCCCCUACACAUUAAAAAGGAACAGGAGGAAGUGUGGAGCAGUCAGGAGGGAGAGCAGCUUCAACGACUAGAGGAAGAUGAUAUCAAGCUCCCAUUCACUGCUGUCUCUGUGAAGACAGAAGAUGAUGAAGGCAAAGCACAGUCCUCACAGCUUCAUCACAGACAAACCGAUGACCAGAUGACAACAGCAGCUGAUGGAGAGGACUGUGGAGGAUCAGAAGCAACCAGAAAUGUAGAUUCAGCUUGUGGUGACAACACCUCAGUCUCCUCUGAGGCUGAGACUGAUGACAGUGAUGACAUUUGCAGUGAGACCAGAGAAGCUCAGUCUCAUAUAAAUGCUUUAAAAAAUACCAGUUCUCAAAGUGUGAAAAAUAUCACUUGCAUUGUGUGUGGUAAAAUACUUUGUUCCAAGAGAAGUAUAUACAGUCACAUGACUGUGCACAUGGACCUGGAAUCCUUUAUUUGUCCAGUAUGUGGUAAAACAUUUACUCACAAGCGAACAUUACUGUCUCACAUGAAAAUUCACAUUGACGGUAAGCCCUUCAGCUGCUCAGUGUGUAAAAAAGGAUUUAACCAGCGGCGAUCAUUGAUUGAACACAUAAGAACCCACACAGGAGAGAAACCCUACUGCUGCUCAGUGUGUAACAAGUGUUUUCACAGGAGAGGAGUGUGGAUUGUUCACACCAGGAGUCAUGCAGAGGAGAAACCCUUUAGCUGCUCACUGUGUGGAAAAAAGUUUGGUCAUCAAGCACAUCUGAGAAGACAUGAGAAACGCCACUCAGCAGAGAAACCGUUCAGUUGCUCAAUCUGUGGGAGGUGUUUUAAUGACAAAGGACAUCUUAAAAGACAUGUUAGACUACACACAGGAGAGAAGGCAUUUGGUUGUGAGACUUGUGGGAGAAAGUUUUUUCAAAAGAACCAUUUAAAAACCCAUAAAUGUGUCAUCUUUCCCACAGAUCCUUAAAAGUCUUCCUGACUAUUUCCAGGAGCACCCUUAGGUUCUCCAUAAUUUGAAUGCCUCCACACCAGUUAUAGCCAUGGUCAGAGGCAUUGUGUUUCAGGUUGUCCGUCCAUCCCAUUCUUGUGAACGUCCUAUCUCAAGAAUGCCUUGAGAGAUUUUCUUCAAAUCUGGCACAAACGUCAACUUGCACAUCAAGUAUAAACUGCUUAGAUUUUGGUGGUCAUAGAUCAAAAGUCAAAGUCACUGUGACCUCAUCUGUCUCAUACUUGUGAAUGCGAUAUCUCAAGAACACCUUAAAGCUAUUUUUUCAAAAUUUGGCACAAAUGUACAGUUGGGCGGUAGCAAUGUACUGAUUAGAGUUUGGUGUUCAGAGGUCAAGGUCACUGUGACCCCAUUCGACACAUUCUCAUAAACACAGUAUUUUAAGAACACCUUGAGGGUAUUUGUUCAAAUUUGGCACAAGCAUCCACUUGGACUCAGCUAUAACUGAGUAGAAUUUGAUGGUCAAAAGUCACUGUGACCUUACAUUCAUCUCAAUAUCGUGAACACAAUAUGUCUAGAGGGCCUUGAGAGAGUUUUCUCAAAUUUGGCACAGACAUCCUCUUGAACUCAACAAUGAACUGAUGAGAAGUUGGUGUUUAAAGGUCAAGGUCACUGUGACCUCAUAAAACAUGGUUUUGGCCAUAACUCAAGAUCAUUAUGCUAAUUAUGACAAACAAAUGUCACAGAAAUGUCUAAUAGUAUAUAAUGAUGAAGUGGUGACAUUUUAUAUCCUAAAGGUCAUAGUUCAACCUCACUGUGUUCUGCAAAAAUACUUUUGUGGCCGUUAUUCAACAUCAUAUCUCUGGAACAGAAGGGGAGACAUUUGGUCAGAUACUGAAUUGGUCUUGGGUGUCCACCUUGAAACUGUGCUGAUUGUAUAGAUCUUCUGUGAUCUUCUGGGGGGGGGGGUGUGUGUGAUAGACAGACAUGGCUGUAAGCUAUCACUGUUGAAUGUUGUUUCUGUGGAACUCUCUAUUGCUUAGUUUUAUGCUACACACACUGUUAAUGACAUAUCUAACUGAAGGAAGUUGGAUUUAUCUACAUAUUUAUUGUAUCUUUUGUAUAUAUGCAUAGGCUGAUUUUAAACAAAAUGCCUCGGAAUCCUUAAAAUGUUUUUUCUUUUACUUUGCUCUCUAGUCACCAGAAAUAAAAAGGUGUUCACAA